CUGGGAUGUAUGCGAACGCCGAAUGUUGACAUUCAACAUGGCGGCAUGUCGUCAGUGCUGUGCUGUGUCGUGCUUGUGUCAUUGUUAGUUUAGGACACUUCUGAAACCAAGGCUCACUGUAAAUUUCACAUUUAAAAGCUCUGAAGAAGGAAACGUUACUAUAGAAAUAUCGGAAGAACACAAUCAGACUCAGCACGCAUUGAAGACAUCUGAGGAUUUUCAAGUCAACAUUUAUCCUUUAAAAAUCUCCUAUGUUUUUGAUUUACUCCUUUUUAUAAGGGAUGACUGAUGUUUAAAAGGGAAAAACACAGUUAUUCUAGUGCACGCUAAAUUGAGUAUCUAUCAAACAGUUGUUAUAAUAUUCAAGCAUAUACGUAUGGAAAGUAUUGACAAGUGUAUGGUGUGCUAAGAUUUUGUACUUGUAUUAAGUCGUAAAACCAGCAUUAACUGCAUCGUUCAUUUGUAUAUUAUAUAUACACGACAAGCCUUGUGAGCGAGAGAUAGGUGAGCCAAUUACAGUGACCGUGAUUGUGAUUGCGGCUGAAAUUGUGCUGCUCUGCUUGGUUGCUUAGAAACCACCUUUAUCCGCGUUUAAGGAGUGUGCCAAGUUUGUGCGUCGAGCCACCGUGGUACUCUCUGAAUAAAAAUAAUAAUUCACGAUAAACGCGUUAAAAAGAUUUUCAAGAGACCUCACUUCCACUUUCUGGUCACGAAGGAGCCUGCAUUUCUGCAGCAUUUUCAAGGAGCCACUCUUCCUCUUCAUUAAGUUCUUGUAACAUUAUAAUAGUGAACAAAGAUAUAAGGUACCAAGAACCGUUCUGUGAUAUCUAUGUUAAACACUUAAAUAAUUGAAAAAAAAGACUAAAAAUUUCUAAAUAUAAGUAUAUAUAUUGUGGGGUGAGAGAACAGAAGUGUGAACAUAAAAGAAAUUAAAGUAAUUGUUUCAAGAGAGAGAGAGAGAGAGAGGAGAAGAGCUAAAUUAUACGUAAAUAUUACACAUAACACUGCGCAAAUUGAAAAGACAAUGUCCAACAAUCCUCAGUGGAAAACGUUCCAGCCGCCAAUCAUGAACUCUGACCCAGCAAUACUUGACUACAAGUCUAUGGCUAUACCAAGUCCUAAGGCCAUAACGGGAUCUCAUCAGCCGACGUCUAACAAUUAUCGAAACGGUACCAACUACAGCGGUGACCAUUAUAUGGGCUCACCGCCUGAUUGUGGUAAAAAUUCCACUACUAACUAUGGAAGUUAUCCCGGCACGCAAUCGUCGCCACGCAAUGGCGCCACAAGAUUCCCGUUCGAAUUCACGGGUAUGGAGACGAAUGCUGGGUAUACGAGCGAACCCGCCACCAAUAAUUCUACCUACCAGGAUCAAUCUGCGAAUCAAGGAACCCGGGAAACUGGUAUAAUUGAGAAGUUAUUGCAUUCUUAUGGAUUCAUACAAUGCUGCGAAAGACAGGCAAGAUUGUUUUUUCAUUUUAGCCAAUUUAGCGGUAAUAUUGAGCAUUUGAAGAUUGGAGAUCCGGUAGAGUUUGAAAUGACUUACGAUCGACGAACAGGCAAGCCUAUUGCGAGCACUGUUAGCAAAAUCGCGCCAGUGGCAUUAGGUGAUCAACGAUGCAUCGGUAAUGUAACAACGGAGUUACAAGCUAGUGGCGAUUCGCAGGGACGUAUCAGUUACGAAAACCGUGGGGAAUGUUUUUUUCUGCCAUAUACCAAAGAUGAUGUUGAGGGAAAUGUCACCUUACGUGCUGGUGAUAAAGUGUCAUUUCAAAUCGCUACUAAUCAACGAGGAAAUCUGGGUGCAUGUAAUGUAAGGCUGGAAAAUCCAGCACAUCCAGUUCGUUAUCGCGGAGUGGUUUGCUCAAUGAAAGAAAAUUUUGGUUUUAUCGAGCGUGCUGAUGUAGUCAAAGAGAUAUUCUUCCACUUUAGCGAGGCUAAAUCUAUGAAAGAAGAACUUAGGUUAGGAGAUGAUGUGGAGUUUAUAAUACAGACACGCAAUGGGAAGGAGGUAGCUUGCAACAUUACAAAGUUACCGCCCGGCUCAAUUGUAUUUGAGGAAGUCAGCAACGAAGUGGUGAAAGGGCAAGUGUUGAAACCUUUGGAGAGAGGCAAUGCUGCUCGUCAUCAAAAUGAUCCGUUACCUGGUCGCAUUCGAUACAGAGACAGUGAUCAUUCUGAAGUUGAAGUACCCUUUGGUGAUAAAGAUCAAAAGGGAGACUUCACUCUUAGGCAUGGGGACUGGGUCCAAUUUCGUAUUGCAACAGAUACUAGAGAUCAGCUCAAAAGAGCUACAGAGAUAAUGUUGUUACCAGAAUCUUUCACUGUGUCUGGGGAAAGACGGGAGCAAGGUGUAAUACAAUCUCUCAAGGAUGGAUUUGGCUUUAUUCGUUGUGUAGAAAGAGAACCUAGACUUUUCUUUCAUUUUAAUGAGGUUCUUGAUGUUGAUAGAGAAAUUAGUGUAGGGGAUGAAGUUGAAUUUACAGUCGUACAAGAUCCGUCAUCAUCAUUCUCUAAUACUCGACAAAGUGCUAUUAGACUGAAACAUUUGCCAAUGGGUACCGUAACAUUUCAAACCAUUAUAGAGAAGGAUAUAUUAGGUACUGUAUCACAGGACACAAAUUCGAUGGAACCUGGCCUUAUUUCUUAUGGCCAGCAGAAAAGCAUCAUUUUCUUCUCCAAAGAUUGCGACCCUAAACAUAUUCCAAAAUUGGGUGAUAAGGUAAUGUUCAAUAUUGUUCAAGUGAAACGAAAUAAAGAACUUGUUGCUGAAGACAUAUUUUUAGUAAAUGCCGCUGGUGAAAAAAUUCAAAAUGUUAAUAAAAAAUCAAAUGGACAAGUAUGUCAAGGUUUUAUUGCCGCCCUCAAAGACGGGUUUGGCUUUAUUGAAACAGUAAAUCAUGAUAGAGAAAUAUUUUUUCACUACAGUAACUUUGAAGGAGACGCUAGUACAUUGGAACUAGGGGCUGAUAUCGAAUGUACAAUUGGUAAUUCGAGUAACGGAAGAGGCUCCGGAGGUUGCGUAGCUGCCGAUCAUGUUAAAUUGGUGCCUCGCGGAAGUAUUCCUAGGCCAACACCUGUCAGCGAGGUACUCGACGGCACUGUGGUACGACCGCUGCGAAGUGCGAAUCCUGAGCAGGCUGAGUACGCUGGUUUGAUCAAGAUUAAUCCAACUACCGAGGAUGAGGAGACGCCGGAAUAUGAAUUCGGCAUCAUGGGACUUUCUAACAAACGGGAGCUAUUGCAGGCUGGCGAUCCUGUGCAACUGCAGGUCGAUUCAGCAGGUCACGCUUGUAAUAUCGUAGCCGUCAGGAAAAAAAGAAGAGCAACUGUGGACGCGAUGAAGGGUCCUUUCGGCUUUCUCGCUUACGAAGUCGAUGAGGGCAGAAAAUUAUUCUUCCACGUAAGUGAGGUUCGAGAUCACGUUACGCUGCAGCCAGGAGAUCAGGUGGAGUUCGUUUUGGUCACUAAUCAACGCACUGGCAAAUCGUCAGCGUGCAAUGUAACUCGAUUAAGCGAUGCUGUCCAGCAACGACCCGAGCGAUUAAUAAGCCGAUUACGUACUAUAUCGUUGGAAGAUUCGGGCCCAAAAUUAACUGUGGUCAGGCAACCAAAAGGGCCCGAUGGCACGCGCGGGUUCACGCAGGAAAGAUGUCAGCGUAUUCCUGGUGCCAUAGAAGAAUAAUGCGCCUGGGCAGCUAAUGAGACUGGGCUAUUAAUUAUCCAAAUUGUAAUCUACAAUUUGUUUUUAGUCCAUACACUUCGAUACCGAGAUUACUAUUGUAAGCAUGGUCGUAAACGUUUGCCAAAUUCAGACUAAUGUGACAACAAUAAUUAUAAUGAUAAUAAUCUGAAAAUGGAUGGUGACCAAGGGCCGAAAUAAUAUAAAAGUAAAAAAAAUAAAUAAAUAAACAACGACUCAUUUUAUCACCUCAUAAAGGGAGGAAACGGGAGGAAAAAGAAUAAAAAGGCGGUUCUUACAUUCAGAUAAUGUUAGAAUUUACUCUAAUAUGUAAUUGGUUUAUCUCUUUAAUUAAUUUCCCACAUCAUGAAUUUAUUGCUAGGCUAUCUAUUCGAUUGUUACUUUUCUAAACGUAAUGGGAUAGUAUUGGUAGAUAAGAUUUGUCGAAAUUUUUUUAUUAGUAUGUUUCUAUUUUCAUGGAAGUUUGGUAAAUACAUCAAUUCACUACUUGAAAAUAAAGUACCAAAAGACGUCCCAGAAUAUUUACAGGUUGAACUGUUAGCUGCCUGCUUGUAUCUGAGAUAUGUCUUUAUAAAAAGUAUAUAUUAUACAUAUUGAUAUACAAACUUUAUUUAUAUGAUUUAUUUCAAAAUUUGUUUUACUUUUUAUGUAUAUCAUAUGUGAUAUAAAUGUACAAUGGGCAAAAAAAAGGAAAAAAAACAUUGCAAGCAAAUACUAGAGUCUACGAGAUAUUGAUACUAAAAAAAAUUGAAGAAAAAUAUCCUGCUAUAGAUUCUUUACCGGAAUUUGCUGAAUAAUUUUAUUAUGAGCAGUGUGUUUUGUUGUAAUCAAUUACGAUAUUGAGUCACUUUGUUAAAAAGAUGUCUAUAAAUUUGUAAAAAAGAAAGGGAAGAGUUAUGACUGGCCAAGUGUUUAUCUUAGAUAAUAUAUAUAUAUAAAUAAAUAUAUAUAUAUAAAUAUAUAUACAUGUCGUUAAGUUCCUCUAAUGCAGUGUUGUAAAAUCAAAUUAGUAUUACUAAUUCUGUGGACAUGCAACAAUGGAAAUUACAAAAAAAAAAUACCUAUGUAAAGAGUAAAAAGUCACGUUUUAUAAGUUUUGCCAUCUGAAACGGUAAGGCGAGGUACAUGUGGCAUUAUUGUAGAGAUAUGAGAGAAAUAACGUAAAAUAAGGUAAAGUACACAAGCACGAUACAAACUAAGCGCUUGUCCCGAAACUCAUGGAUCCAACACAUCAUGUGCAUACAUAUUGUAAAAUUAUUGAUGAAUAAACAGUGGAAGCAUCGAAAUGUA